UCGAUGUUGGAAGGGAAGGGCGACAGGUGACGGGAAAGAAAAUGGAGGCACCGAGGCGGAAAAAAGCCAAUGGCGCGUCGCCUUUACAUGCAGUUUGAUCGCCGGCCGCUCGGCGCACAACGGGGCCAUCCGCAACGUCAUUGGCAAAUGUGGGGUGCCUGCCGCCGCCCUAGGAAGACUCUCGGGACGCGAUCGUAUGAUGUUCUUUUUCCCGAAUACACGGAGAGGACGCCCGUACAUAAACCUGGCGCACCCGCCUACCAUCGUGUCCCUCCCUCAUUUCCCCGAAGAAGACUGCCACGCACCUAUAUACCAUGGACCCAAAGUCUCAGACUGUCAUUCUGGGCGCCGGAAUCAUAGGCCUGUCGACCGCCUACUACCUCUCCGAGUCGCAGCAAAACAUCCACAUUAUCGAGCCCUCGCACGAGCUCUUCGCCUCGGCCUCGGGGCUCGCUGGCGGCUUCAUCGCCGCAGACUGGUUUGCGCCGUCUGUCGCGCCGCUCGGAGGCCUCUCGUUCCGCCUCCACAAGGAACUCGCAGAGCAGCACCAGGGCAAGGAGCGAUGGGGAUACAGCUUGAGCACGGGCACCUCCCUUAGCCAGGACGUGGCCAACGAAGAAGAGGCGGUCCUCGGCAGCGGCGAGGACUGGCUGCAGAACGGCACAAGUCGCGCCGAGGCCGCUGGAGGCCACUCGUUCUCCGAGGGCGAAGGGCCUGCCUGGCUGAUGCGCAGCAACGGCAGCAGCUUGGAGGUCAUCAGCCGCGACGCCAGCACGGCGCAAAUAGAUCCGAGGCGCCUGUGCCAAUUCCUUCUGGAACAGUGCACGGCGCGAGGCGUGCAGCUACAUCGGCCCGCCAGGGCUACGUCAGUGUCGAAGGAUGCGACGGGCGUGCUCAAUGGCGUGCACGUUGUCUCUGCAGACGGCUCGGAACGCGACCUGCCAUGCACGCGACUGGUCCUGACAGCCGGCGCAUGGACACCCAAGGUCGUGUCGACCCUCUUCCCGCGCGCGCCCCUACGAGUCCCCAUUUCGGCCCUCGCCGGGCAUUCGCUAUUGCUCAAGUCUCCGCGCUGGAGCGCCGAGCACGAAGAGAAGGGCUGCCACGCCGUCUUCGCCACGGAUACCCUCGGCUUCUCGCCCGAGCUGUUCAGCAGAAUCGGCGGCGAAAUCUACAUCGCUGGGCUCAACAGCACAAUGAUACCGCUGCCGGACGUCCCGUCGGAUUGCAAGGCCAGGGACGACGCGAUGCAGCAGCUCAAGGAUGUCGCAAAGACGAUGCUGGGCCUGCCCGGCCAGGAAGACGACCUGCAGGUGCUCAGGGAAGGACUGUGUUUCCGCCCCGUCACCUCCAGCGGCCGGCCCAUCAUCUCGCGCAUCCCGGACGCAAAACUCGACAUGGCCACGCGCAGCGGAGGAGAAGGCGGCGUGUUCAUGGCCGCCGGCCACGGCGCGUGGGGCAUCUCGCAGUCCCUCGGAACCGGCAAGGUCAUGGCCGAGCUCAUCUGCGGCCAGCCGACGUCGGUCAACAUCAAGGCGUUGGCUCUGCCGGCAUAAAAGGCUCGCUCGACUUUCGUUGACUACCUACUUUCGGCACUAUGUAGAUUUUACCUCACUAUUGUCCCGAUGUUAGGACCUAAAAGGAGCAAGGGUAUGAUUCAUGACAAUAGACGGGAAAAGGCGCACAAAGAAUAUCAGUGUUUUCAGUCACUCCCAGGUUUCGGCAGUUCGUUUGAGCUUUGAUUUGUAGUAGCUGAUAACUAGACCGGGCGGAGAUACAGGCACAUGCAGCGCAGCUUGGCCAGCUAACUAACACCGCAGUGCUCUAUGCGUCCUACUAACAUACACCAUAAACAUCUACCCCUUCCUCUCUUUGUCUCUCUU